AUGGGGAGAGAGAGGACUGGGAGUCGCUCCCGCAGGAGGGGAGAGAGGGAGAAGGAGACCCCCGCGGGGUGCAUGAGCGGGUUUCUGCAACUCUUCAAUCUCCACCAGAUACUCUUCAGAGCGACGUCGACGGUGACGGGGGAAGCCUUCCCUAGGGAUCUGCAGGAGGACGCCUCCCCUCGAGGCAAGCGGCACAGCCCCCUUCUCUUCCCUCUACGUUCUUCCUUCUCCGUGAAAGGUCUCGUUGUGAAGGGACGGUGCUGUGAAUUGCAGGUGUGAUGGCGCCUAGGAACAGCUUGAAGCUCGAAGAAGUGGCCGUCUCGUCGGCAUCGACUGUCACUGUGGGAGAAGAAGAAGAAGAAGAGUACGACAUUCCUGUGAGUAGCUAA